AUGUCUUCUUCAACAAAUAAAAGAGAAAUAAUACCAGAGACUGUGAAGAUUGUUGAUGAAUUUACACCACUUUUAAACAAUAACGAAACUUCUAAUCUUCCAAUAAUAAAUAAUCCUUGGUAUAAAACUCCUUCAGCGUAUUGGUUGUUACCUUUAUUUUCUGUAAAUGCUAUUUCAUUUGGAUUGACAGUUACAACAAAAGUAGAAUUUUAUAUACAAGCUGUUUGUAAAAAUUAUUAUGAAUCGAAAGAAAAUCUUUCUUCCAUAAACAUUGAUAUUAUAAAUGAUGUUGAUAUAUGUAAUAUUCCGGAAAUUCAUGCUAUUACUUCACAAUUGAUGAUGAUAUUAUCUCUUUGUUUAGCAAUACCAGGAAUCUUUGUAUUAGUACCAUUGGGUGCAUUCUCUGAUCGUAAAGGACGUCGUUUGGCCCUUCUUAUUGCAGGUUCAGGAAAAAUACUUGAUGUUAUUACCAUUAUUCUAGUUGGAAAUUUUAUGGAAUCGCUUGGACUAUGGUUCUUGAUAAUCGGACAGCUUAUGGUUGGAUUUUGUGGUGGAUUGUCAGCAUUAUCGGCCGUGAUGUAUGCAUAUGGUACUGAUUGUACAGUUCCAGAACAAAGGAGGGUCAUAUUCGGACUUAUUCAAGGUUCAUUAUUCUUGGGAAUCGCUAUAGGUCCUAUCAUUGGUGGAAAAAUAGUCGAAUACACCAAUGACAUUCUUUCUACAUUCUAUGUCUCACUUAUAAUAUCUAUUUUGAACCUUCUAUUCAUUCUUUUUAUCCUUCCCGAAUCACUUUCUAAAGAAAGGCAACUUGAGAAUCAAAAACGUCAGUUGGAUAAUGUCCAAAAAAAUGGUGGUUCUACUAUAUUUAAGAAAAUUUUCAAUAUAUUUACACCAUUAUCGAUUUUCUUAUCAGAUUUUUCACAAAAUAAUGAAAGGUUUCAAACUACUGAGAAUAAAGAUAGGAUUCCAGCAAUAAAUGCGACGAGAUAUUCAUUACUAUCAGCCACAGGCAUAAGUUUAAUGUUUGCAAUUGUAUUAUCUGGUCUUCAGUCUAUAUUCUUACUUUAUAUUAGAUAUAAAUUCGAUUGGUCAUUAGUCGAUCAAGGCUAUAUGUUUGGUGCGAUGAGCUUCACAAGAGUUAUUACUUUAAUGCUUUUAUUCCCAAUAUUUGUAAAGAUAUUUAAAGAGAGAUAUAACAAUGUAAAUAGUCAAAAUCUAAAAAAGCAGGAAGAUAUUGAUGGUAAUGUAGUGGUUGAGAAUGAUAUGAGAGUUCAAGAUGAGAAAAGAAUGAAUAGAGAGUUGUUAUUUGAUAUUUGGGUUGUUAGAUUCGGGCUUGUUAUUGAUAUGAUUACUUAUGCUUUGUAUGCGAUAGCAACGAAUGGUACAUUGUUCAUUGCAGGAGUUUGCUUGGGUGCUGUAGGCACAGUAUCAGUUUCUACUUUAAAAUCUAUCCAAACAAAUUUAGUUCCACCAUCACAAACGGGGCAAUUACUAGGUGCACUUAGUGUAUUGGAUUCUAUUACAAAUGUAGUUGCACCAAUAAUUUAUAAUACUUUGUAUAGCAUUUUGGUUAUGAAGAAUAUGCCACAUUUGAUUUGGUAUGGUAUUUCUGGAAUGUUUGCAAUUGGAUAUUUAUUGUCUUUUGGAAUUAGACCUAAAAUAAGUAAAAAUAAAACCGUUGAAACGGGUAAUGUUGAAUUUUAA